AUGGGCGACGGCACAGUUGUCGGCGCACUCCGCGCCCCCCUCGACCUCUCCAAGCUCGUCCCCUACCUCGAGCAGAACGUGGACGGCUUCCAGGGCCCUGUCGAGCCCAAGCAAUUUGGCUUCGGCCAGUCCAACCCCACCUACCUCCUCGAAACACCCAGCAAGAAAUACGUGUUGCGCCGCGCACCACUGGGUAAACUGCUGUCCAAGACGGCUCACCGCGUCGACCGCGAAUUCGUCAUCCUCAAUGCUCUGAACCAGUACAAUGCCCGGCUUCCGCCCCAGUCUGCCCGUCGUGUGCCCGUGCCAGAAGUUUAUGCGCUCUGCAUGGACCCAGAGGUCGCGGGGGCGCCCUUCUAUCUCAUGGAGUUUAUCAAGGGCCGUAUCUUCACGGAUGUGCGCAUGCAGAGUCUGCCGCGCGAGGAGCGGGAUGCUUGCUGGCACGCCGCCAUCGCCACCCUCGCAAAGUUGGCCACCGUUCCCAUCGCCGACCUGCAGCUGGACAAGUCGUUCGCAGCCGACCCGCUCGCCAAGCCCUACUUCCCGCGCCAAGUCAAAUCACUCAUGAAAGUAUCGGACGCGCAGAGCGCCACGCCAGUCAAGCAGAACGGCGGCAAGCCCCUCGGCGACAUCGAGCACGCGCAGGACCUCCGGCACUACUUUGAGAAGGGAGCGCAGGUCGUUGCGCGUGCUGAGACUAUGCAUGGCGCAUCGGUGGUUCACGGCGACUACAAGAUUGACAAUGUUAUCUUCCAUCCCACCGAACCCCGCGUUAUCGGCAUCCUCGACUGGGAACUGUGUACUCUCGGAUCGCCGCUCGCCGACUUGGGUAACGUCCUCAUGCCAUUCUCAUUUACGCCUGUCACGCGUGGUGACUUGGACCGGCUAGGCCUCAAGCCCGACGGCCUGACCAACCUCAUGAUCGGGCUCAAGGGUCUUCCCUCGUCCGAGACUGGGAUUCCUCAAGUAUCGCAGCUCGAGCGGUGGUGGGUCGACGAGAUGAAUGCCGGUUAUAAGUGGCAUGCGGCCCACUCGCCGUCGAUGAAGGGCAAGGCGUCUUCGCCUGCGCCAUGGAGUUACCCCAUCGCCGGACUCGAGUGGGUGCGCGCGUGGAUGCUCUGGCGGCUGGCCAUUAUCGCGCAGGGCAUCGCUGCCCGUGCAGCGCUCGGACAGGCUAGCAGUGCCACUGCCAGCCCCAGUAGGGAGAGGUUUGACUUCUUCGGCCGGAUGGCGUAUCGCGCCAUGGUGGAUGGUGACAAGGCCGAAGACAUCAGUGCCAAGUUGUAG